CCUCCUUCUUCCCAGCGCUGAUCAGCUCCUGUCCCUGGGGGAGCAGUGCCUGGCUGGGCGAGGGAUGCUCUGUGCAGCUCUGUCCCUCUGGGCAGAGACAGGAGGGGACGUGGGACAGGGGAAUUGCGGUGGGCUGUUUUAGGGAGGCAAGAGUUCGAGCUGUGGCCAGGCUGAGCCUUGCUGUGGUCCACACAGUCGAGGUGGCUGUAUCCCAGCUUGGGGCAUUGAAUCCCCACGCAGCUGGUGGUGGCAGGGAGCAAGGAGCAGAAGCAGCCUGCAGUAGGGAGCAACGUGGGCAGCCUGCUCUGUGUCCCCGUCUGGGGUUUGCUCACCAGCAGCUCUGCUGCAUCUUUUACUCCUGACUGGCCCAAAGGGGUCUACAGGGGCUGCGGGCUUUCGACGAAGAAACAGUGGUGACUUCUGUUAUCUUUAAACGUGGCUGUUCCUGCCCCCUCUCCCACAGAGACCUCUCGCAGCCUGAGCAAGAUCUCCGCUGGCUGUGAGUGCUGCAGGCGACCGAGCAGCACCCUCCCCCAAAAUGAUGGAAAACACAGUAUUUAUGUCAUUUACAUUCUACAGCACAAUCUUGAUUUUAAAAAUGUAUGUUGUUGCCAUCAUUACUGGACAAGUGCGACUCAGAAAGAAGGCAUUUGCAAACCCGGAGGACGCGCUGCGCAACGGGGGGCUGCAGUACUACCGCGAGGACCCCGAUGUGGAGCGGUGCCGCAGGGCCCACCACAAUGACAUGGAGAACAUCUUUCCUUUCCUCUUCCUUGGAGCCAUCUACUCCCUGCUGGAUCCCAGUCCUGCAGUGGCCAGGAUCCAUUUCUUCAUCUUCUGCGUGGGGCGCAUCAUACACACCAUCGCCUACCUCCUGCAGCUGAAGGCUCCCAUGCGCUCCGUGGCCUACAGCGUGGCACAGCUGCCCUGCUUCUCCAUGGCUCUACAGAUCCUCCUGGCCACCACCCCGUACUGGUAACGCCCAACGAGACCAGCCAUCCAAACCCCCUUGUCCCACACUCUACUGGUUUCACUGACUGGACCGGGUGGUGUGUGAGUGUGAUUAUGCAUGUGGGCACAUGGUAUAAAAUAAUAGAAUUGUAGAAUGCUUUGGGUUGGAAGGGCCUUUAGACACCAUCUAGUCCAACCCCCCUGCAGUGAGCAGGGACAUCUUCAGCCAGAUCAGGUUGCUCAGAGCCCCGUCCAACCUGACCUGGAACGUCUCUAGGGAUGGGGCCUCCGCUACCUCUCUGGGCAACCCAUUCCAGUGCCUCACCACCCUCGUUGUAAAAAAUGUCUUCCUUCCUAUAGUCCCCCUUUAAGCACUGGAAGGCUGCAAUAAGGUCUCCCUGCAGCCUUCUCUUCUCCAGGCUGAACAACCCCAACUCUCUCAGCCUGUCCUUGCAGGAGAGUUGCUCCAGCCCUCGGGUCAUUUUUGUGGCCUCCUCUGGACCCACUCCAACACUUCCAUAUCCUUCUUGUGCUGAGAGGCCCAGAGCUGGACACAGCACUCAGGUGAGGUCUGAGCAGAGCAGAGGGGCAGAAUCCCCUCCCUCAACCUGCUGGCCACGCUGCUUAUGAUGCAGCCCAGGAUACAGAUGGCUUUCUGGACUACAAGCACAUGUUGUUGGCUCAUGUCCAGCUUUUCGUCCCCCAGUACCCCCAAGUUCUUCUCUGCAGGGCUGCUCUCAGUCCCUCCAUCCUCCAGCCUGUAUUGAUAUCGGGGGUUGCCUCAACACAGGUGCAGGACCUUGCACUUGGCCUUGUUGAACCUCAUGAGGUUCUCACAUGCCCACCUCUCCAGCUCGUCUAGGUCUCUCUGGAUGACAUCCCAUCCUUCUGCACUGCUCAGCUUGGUGUCAUCUGCAAACUUGCUGAGGGUGGACACGAUCCCACUGUCUGUGUCUUUGAUGAAAAUGUUAAAUAGCACUGGUCCCAGUAUGGACCCCUGAGGGACACCACUCGUCACUGGUAUGUUGCCAGGGAGGCCACCUGCACCCCAGGGAUGCUCAGUGCAGCCUCGAUAAAGUCCCCGUGCUAUUGAAAUUGGGCAGGGAAGUCAUGAGAGAGAAGGAGCGCAUCCCCACAUGGAACGGGAAGGGGAUGUGGAGGCAGGUUUCUCUCAUGCCUGCUAAGGGUCGGAGGGGGAAAGCACCUGGACUACCCAUUGAGGAAGGGGUUCAUUGAAGGAAAGAAGGUUUUCUGGCCCAACUGCAUUCGGAACUGGGAAGGGGAAGAUGUGCUCUUUCCCCUUAGUCACAAAUACCCCAUGAAUCAGGAAGAGAAAAUCAUGUGGUCCUGUGAAGUCUCUUGGUCAGCAGACCAGGUUGGUAGCAGAGGCGGGUUAUAAAACAUCUACCCUCCUCCUGCCAGGCCAUGUGGGUCUGUGGGGAGGGGGUGUCUCUUAGGUUCCCUCUCCCAUGAGGAGGAGGACAGGAGGCAGGUGCCUGCCAGGCAGCAUAACACUUAAGUUGAAACUUUGGUGUCAUGGUUUUGGUGACGUGAAGCCACCGAAGUGUUCAGUACCCCCAGCACUGCCUCAUCUCACGCCACAGGAUGCAGCUCCCUGCCGGGGAGCCUUGCUGCAGGCAGGACCCUGCAGGUCCCAGGAAGGACACCCUGCGGCCGUUGUUUGGCAGCUCCCAGCCAGCAGCAGCUGUGGCUUUUCCAUCUCAGUCUCACCAUGGCAAGAUGCAGAGGGACGCGCCUGGAGCAGCGGCAGGAAUCGCUUACUGCGUAGAGAGCCAGACACAAAGCUCUGGGACUUCUGGAAAGACUGAGAUGCUCACACAAAACAGGGGUUUUGCAGUUUGCAGGCAGAGCUUUCUCCCAAGGGUGGUAUCUGCGUUCACAUGCCACUGAUGCCUGAAAACACUCCCAGGGCACCAGACUGAAUUUCUCCCCCUCUGUUUGCAGCCUUUCUCUGGCCACAGAAUGGCUGUUGCUAUUUGGGGAAUGUGCCGUGACUGCUUUGGGGGUGUUUUCUUUCAGCUGUUUCCUGCUGUCCACUGCUGCUGAGCUGUGUGCAGCCUGGAUUAGCUGGUGUUUGCAGAAAGCUCUGGAAACGAGUAGAGUGGCUUUGAACUGCCCCACAGGAGAAUACUGCUGCUCUGCAGGGUUGCCUGAAAGCCAUUGUGCUGGACAAGAGAGGCUGGGACCAUGGUAUCACAGGAUGACAAACCCUCGGGAGAUUCUCUGCCACGUAGCUGUCCCCAAGUGCCAAGGGCUGGUCCAGGCAACAGCAGCAUGUAAUGGAGCACCCCUAUGGAGGACAUGGCAGGAAGAAGCCUCUGCUGUUCAGUGCCUCCCUCCUCUGAGGGCAAUGCAGAGUUUUACUAAGACCCCAGGGGGAAACCAGAACGAGCCCCUUCUGCCUGUCCUAAGCACUAAAGUUGUUCCCUUAACCCCACUGUCCUCAGAGAUGCUCUUACUGAGACCUCACUGAGUGCCUACAUGCACAAAGCAUGGGCUGAAACACCAGCUCAGACUGAUGCUCUGAGCCCUUGCCCAGCUUGGGUAGCAGCUUCUGUGCCAGUAACUCCUGACCCCAGUGCAGAUGUGCCCUUAGGCUAAGCUGUUUGGUGAGACUAGGAGCAGAGUGCUCUGGUCUCCUGCUGGGGAUGCAGACCCCACCACAUGUGGAAGGUGGUCAGGACUGCAGGUUCAGCAGUUUGCUCUUGGCCAUUUCUCAUUUACACAGCCUCAACAGAUGUCUGCGUAAUACAUACCCCUCUUAAGCCUCUUCUGCCUCACAUGGUGCACAAGGUCUUGAACCCCUGUACAUUUCUCUGCUGCUGCACGUGCAUCCUGGUGGCAGGAAACAAAUAUUCCCAAUAAAAACAAAUCAUUGUGCUCUGAUACAUCCUUCCUUCAGGAGCAGCAGAUGCAGCUGGUAGCAGCUGGGUCCAGACCUAGCAGGAUGGCUCCCCAGCUGCAAAGUGCUUUGCUAAACACCACUGCAGAGCCUGGAGUGCCCUGGGACUCCAAGAGACAUCCCUUUCCUCUAGACUCAUCUGCCCUGCAGAGGAAGCUCUCUUCCAGGUGUGUGUUAUUUGUGCUGAUCUUUUAAAUUCAGCAGAGCUGGAGCUUGCAAAGGAGCUCUGCUCGGUUUUCUUUCCUAGAGUAGUAGGUUGCUACAAAGCUUGGUGUUCACCUAAACCUCCUCCAUCCCAGCUUCCCCCAAAGCAGGCUGAGGGGUAGGAGGUGCUUUGUCCCAGCAAGCUUUCUUCACACCCCACCUGUGCUGAGCUAGGUCCAUCUUGCCUGCGGAGCCAAGGUGGUGUUUAAACCCUGGAGGGCUGGGGAAGUUCAGGUAAGAUGUGGUUGCCCUCAUUUCUGUGCUUAUGACUUGCAAAGGAGCUGUCUGUAUUUUUUCAAGCUCAACAGCCCCCUCUUUUUGCAGGUAGGUUGCUGGGAAGCAAAGGCUUAAUUUCCCUGGUUUUCCCCUAUUUUCUUAAACUGUUGGGGUUUGGGAUGUGCUGCCCCAUUGGUGUCUGUUAGCUGGUUGAGAUGGCAAAAUGGCUCCAUUUGGUAGUGGUUUUUUUCCCCCUCGUGCUUUUUGCUUUCAGAUAAGAAAGCCUGAUAAAAUGGGCUUUCUCCAUACAUGUUGCUGAGGUUAGAGAUGUAGCUGGGAAUGAGAUUUUGGCAUGGAAAGGAAGAAAUGGGGCUGAAGACCCCCCCAGUCACCAGAGCUGCCAGCUCCUUCAGCCUCUUCUAAACUGCCUGUUCAGUGCCUGGGGCUGAUGCCCUGCUCAGGGAAGCUGAGGUUAUGUGCAGAGCUCUGCGUUCUUCUUUUUUAUUAAAAAAAAUAAACCCUGUUGUACUGGCUGCAGGGAAAAGCUUGGGAAUGUGAACUCUCCUGGCUUCAAAAAAACAAACAGAAAAAGCCCACAAGGCAAACUUCAGAGAGGCCCAACCAUCACACUUAUUUUGAAAUGCUGCAGAGGUUUGUGGGAGGCAGGACAGAUCCUGGCUCUCAGCUGCCUGGUCAGCCCAAAUCUCAUCAGGGUUCUCCCAGGACCGAGGCAGUCGGAGCCACUGGCUCUCCCCUGGGCCCAGCCAGUGGCAUUUGCUGCAAGUGAUGAGCUAAAGCAUCUCCCGCCUUUCCCCAAAUAAUAUCCUAAAGCCCAGAGCUCAAAUUCCUGCUCCAGCAUCGGUGUGGGGGAAGAAUGUGGCCAGGGUCCCCCACAGCUCCAGGAAAGCAGGGAUGGAGGUUGCAUCUACCACCCUCUGGGUUUUGGUGUGUGUAUUGUACAUGCCAACAAUUUGGUAUUCACACCUGGCUCAAACCUGAAACGGUAACGCUGCGAAACACACCUGGGACUGUAGAACAACACAGUUUGGCGCUUAGAUAUUUGAAUAUGAUUCAUACUGUCAGUAUGUGUCUUCCCUCCACCCUGCUGAGCCCAAGGUGUCUGGAGGUGGGGGGAAAAGCAAGUGGAGACCCAGCACAAGCCACCUCCCUUCCCACACACUUCUAGCCAGUUCAGCCCCAGGAUCCCUCCUAGCCCUGAGCUUUGGGCUUUUCCCUUCCUUACCUGCCUGUGCUGCUGCCUGGCUCUUUCCUGUCCAUCCAGGCGUUCCUCCUUGUGGGGUCUGGAACAAAGAUCCCCCUUGAUCAUCUCUCCUGUGACACAGGUCACUCUGUCUUCUCUGCCCUUCCAAAAUCUCCCAUUUCCUCUAGGAGAUGUGGGGCUGUAGGGUUUUGCCACGCAACCCCCCUUAUUUCUCUUGAGGAAUCAGGAUUCCCUUUGCUUGAAGGGAGGGUGAGAAGAAGCAGUUCUACAGGUAUGGGCAUCCCAGAGGUUAGUCCCCUGGAGACGACACCGGUGUUUCCCUGCUCCUCCCUGGUGUACACGAGGGUGAAGCUGGCGCAAGGAAAUCUUUAUCCACCAGUUGUUUUUUUUUCCCCUACCCGGCUCCAGAGCUGAGCUGUGAAAUGCCCCCUUUGCAACUUGGGUGCCGUGCUGGUGCCAGCCCCAGCUCCAGGCGGGAAGAGGGAGCGGGAUGGGGGGGCUUCGAGCCGCACCCCCGACCCCGCUGGGCUACCCCAGGCUGCGCUCCCCAGCGCGGGGCUGCAGCACCCUCGUGUGGCUGCGAGCACCCGCUGCGGGGGGCACCCUGCUCCCCCAGCCCCCAGAGCCGCCCCCUGCCGCCGGGCCACCGAGACCCCCACCCACGGAGAUCCCAGCCCGGGUGCCGGGGCCAGGGAGCUGUGGGCAGGCCCCGGAGGGGGUGCUGGAGGUGUUUUGGGGCAGAGGGAUGCAUGGCUGGGUGCCGGGUGCCAUUCCUUGGGGAGUGGGUUGAGGAGGAGGCCCCCAGCUGCUCCUGGGUCCAUCCAGCUCUCCGGAGCAGGCGGCCGCGAUGCUCUGCCUCGCUCCCGGCCACGCUGCACGUCUGCGUGCAGUAAUUCUUCCUUGGCUUUGUAACACCCACUACAAAGGGAAUUUGCUUCCUCCCUCCUUCCUGAAUUGUUAUGGAGCAUUACACCCCCAGCAGAUAGCCAUGUCCAGCUUUUCGAAAGCUUCUCUGCUGCCUUAGGUUGCUUCUUUUAAGGGUUUGGAAGGAGGCAGCAGUGAGCAAAAUAGCUGCAGGGAGAGAUGCUCCUUCCAAAUGAAGCACAAAGUUUGGGGUAACCAUUGCACCCCUCAGGACAUGAGGGGCUCAGCUGCUGGGAGAUGACAUGUUGCUGUCAUAUGUCCAGAUGUUUCUGCAGCUCAUAGGUGGUGUCAGCAGGACUUGGAGGGCCUCCGGACCUUCCUGUUGCCACCAGAGGGAGAAGGGCUCAGCCCAAGGGUAGCGGGAGAGGAGGAUGUUAUAACCGCUAGAUGUCUGUAUGAUUCGUUUUGGAUGGGGAUAACCAGGCUGGCAUCCCUGCAAGCUGGAAAAAGUGAGCUCUGUUUUGUCUCGCUGCCGUGGCAGCCGUUCCUGAUGACAAUAUAAAAUAGUUCUCAUUAAAAUAUUGCUGGGGCAAACUUCAACUUCUCAUCAGUCGGAAAGCCACGUGAAAAUGUUGGGCUGUGGGGGUCAGAAACGA